CAGGUCGCCUAGGUAGCCCUGACCCGCAGGAGCCCGCAUGGCCUCCGGCACUGGAGGGAGCUGGGGUCAGCCCCCACCGCAGAGUGCCUCCCUGAUGCCCUGGGUGACAGUCCUGCAGCCCGUCGCGUGGGCCGUCCCACCGCCGCCCCCGAGGCCGAGGCCGGGCAGAGUGAAGGAAGACCUGCUGGAGCUGAUGUUGCUGCAGAACGCACAGAUGCACCAGCUGCUGCUGAGUGGCCUGGCGGCAGGCGCGCUCAACCCGAGCCUGGGCUCUUGCCACCCGCAGGUCUACCUGGAGGGUCAACAGGAGGAGGAGGAGGAAGAGGAGGUGGGAGAGGAGGAGGAGAUGCAAGCCCAGGAGGAAGGGCCUUUGGUGUUUCACCACCACUACCUGCCCUGCCCGAUGCCCAUGCUGGGCCCCUCGCUCCCCUGGCCAGUCCCUUUCCUUUCCGUCCCCCCACAUCAGCCGCACUUGCAGAACACAGCCAGGAUUCAGCACUGCCCUCCUGCCUCUGAGAAAAGGGGGGGGUAAGUGAGGCUGGAGGAUCCGGGCAUUGCCAG